CCGGCAGCUGCUAUGGCGGGGGAGGCGGAACGGGACGAGGCUCCGCGGGGCCGGCGGGGGAGCAGCGGCGGCCCCACGCAGCGCCUGUAGCCGCGGAGGGGCCCCGCGGAGCUGGCGAGUCGGGGCACGGAGGCGGCGGGGGCCGCGGUGGCGGAAGGAGGAGGAGAAGGAGGAAACAGCGAGGGGCAGCCGCCGGCCGCUCCGCCGCCCCCCACGCCGCACAAGAGGAUGAAGAAGCGCAAGGAGCUGAACGCUCUCAUCGGCCUGGCGGCUGAUGGCCGUAGGAAGAAGCCCGCUAAGAAGGGCUCGGGACACCGGCUGCUGCGCACCGAGCCGCCCGCGUCCGACUCCGAGUCCAGCUCUGAGGAGGACGAGUUCGCGGUGGCCGGAGGACGGGGCCGAUGCGCCAAGGGGGACUACGUGCGCUGCUGCAAGUUCUGUUACCCGCUCUGUGCUUUUGUCAUCCUGGCCGCCUGCGUGGUGGCCUGUGUGGGCCUGGUGUGGAUGCAGGUGGCUCUCAAGGAGGAUCUGGAUCUGAUUAAGGAAAAGUUCCGAACAAUGGAGUCUAAUCAAAAGACAUCCUUCCAAGAAAUUCCCAAGCUGAACGAAGAUCUGGUGCAGCAGCAAAAGCAAGUAGAGCAAAUUGAGACCGGAGAACUGGGGCUGAGUAAAGUUUGGAUAAAUAUCACAGAGAUCAAUAAACAGAUAUCACUAUUGACCUCAACAGUAAAUCAUCUCAAAACCAACGUGAAGUCUGCUUCGGAUUUGAUUUCUCUUCCUGUCACAGUAGAGAAACUCCAGAAGACCGUAGCGACCAUAGGUAGCACUCUUACCAGUGUUUCUCAUGAUGUUGAAAACAUACAGACAGCUAUUGAAGAAUACAAGAAAUCCAUUGAAAUACUCCAGAAUGAUGUGAAGGAACUGAAACUAUCCACCACUCUGCCGAUGUCUGAGAAAAAUCAGACAGAAAACUGCAAACAGGAAAGCCAGGCGCUCCACGCAGCUUUGGAGGAGCUAAAUAAUACUAUAGUGACAAACCAGAAGUUGAAUGACAUCAAGCUUCUAAAUGUGGAUUCAGCCAUUGGUAACCUCAGCCGGAGGGUUAUGCUGUUGGAAAACACUUCUGUUGCUGUGAAUAAGCUGGACAAAAGGAACAACUUGUCUGCCAGUCCGGGGAAUGAUACAACUACCUCUCUAAAAGUGAAAAAUGAAGAUCAACCAGUUAAUGGAACACAUUCAAAUAAAGAACUAAAGGAAGCAGGAACCAGAGAUUCUCAGGAAUUAAAUCUAAGGGAGAAGCUUCAGCUACUCAAUGCUCGUGCAAGUAAGCCAGAAGAUGACCGACCCAUAGAGACAUCAAGGAAUGUUGAAAGUAGUCCAAGUACUAUGACAAAGCCCACAGACCUUUCAAGGCUGGCUUCAAGGUCAGCUGAUGACAGCACAGAGAAGAACAGACAGCUGAGACAUCUGUCCUUACCAGGAAUUUCCAGCAUAGAAGACCUUCAGGAUUUGUUUGACAAAGCACCUGAAGAUGCUGAUGGGAAACUCUCAUUUGAAGACCUUCAGAAGCUGCUGGGCUCUGCAGCCCAAGACUCACAGAUCUUUAAGAAAUUUGACACAGAUGGUGAUGAGAAAUACUCAUUAGAAGAACUGAGAUUAGCUUUGGGUGUAUAGGAUAGAGGUUUAGAAACGUGAUAUCGAGGAGUGCUACUGUAGCUAAAGGAAACUACGGGACGUGAAAAAACACACUGCACUUUCCCAGUCUUUUCUUGACCUUCGGGGUAUACACAUAGACACUUAUUUUGUUUGCAUUAACUGAAAAGAAACUUAAAGGUUUAGAUGUCAAUAUGGCAUAAUAUUGGGAUUGUGUUACAAUCCAGAAGAUUCCCACACUCGUUUAGAAGCACCUGCUGGUCAUUCUUUUUUCUUUGAGGGAGUUCUUGUUUUUAAUUUAAAAAUGUGUACAUACCAAAAUAAAACGAUGGUUUUAUAUUUCACUGCAAUUUGCCUUAAAUUAGAGAGCUGCACUUUACGUAAAGCAGGAAGAAAUCUGUCUUGUAAAGACGGGCUUUUUCUGCUUGUAAAUAUCUGAAAUAGCUUAAAUUAUGCAUAUUUAAGGAGAAGUGUCAGGGGUUGUGCUGGCUGUGAACUGAUUAUAAUGAGAGACUCGAGCCUAAAAGGAGUGGUUGAGAGCUUCUAGUUUUAACUAAAUAUAUCCAUGGUUGAGAUUGGAGUUAGGCAGAGGAAGAAAGGAGAGAGGAACCAUGCACAUCUAUAGCAGGACUUACUUUCAGAGGGAAGAGUUGAAUGUGUUUUUUAUAUCAUGAGCCUACAAGAGCAAUUACCUACCAAGUGCUUGGGUUUUCACUUCAGCAUUCUCUUAGCUUUGCUGUAUUGCAUCCAGAUUACGUUUUCGAAGGUGAGCCUAUCUGGUGUGGAAAAGAAAAAAGCUACUGAAGAACUUUAUCAGAUACUGAAGAGGUAAAAGCCUUCAAUGCAGCCUGCUGAGCAGCAGCCGAAUAGCUCUAACCCUGCUCUCUGUGCAGGUAGACGUGCACUGAGUCACGCUGACUGAUUACUGUGAUCAGGCCGUGUGAUCAGGUUUGCUGAUGCUGCUGGCUUCUUCCACCCACUGUUGUUGAGGUCACUGAUGAAGUGCCAAGUUAAGCUCCUUGUCAGUAGAAUUGUGAGCAGGUGGGGAAGGCUGAUUUGGUUUUGUUGGUGUUUUUUUUCCUGGUUAACAAGCAUGUGAUUGCUUCUUGGUACUUUAACCUUUGUCUUCUCCUCAACAGAAGGAUAUAAAAGGUAGGGCAGGCGGUUGCAUCAGCAGUCUCUACUGACAGGUGCUUUGUGAGCAAGGCUUCCUUGGUACAGGGGCACUUCAAGUUGUGUUUAUGCUGGUGGAUCUAAACACCGAGCAUGUUUGCAAUCUAUGUUAUCUUACAGGCCAGAUCGGGGCCAAAUGAGAUGAUUCUGCUCACAAUAUCACUAAUCCUGUUGGGAAUUUGGUUUUUGUUUUGCAUGAUUAGUGAAUUGAAUGUAGCCACCUCACCGAAACAUCAGUUUAUGUGGAAGUCGGUUCAUAGCUGUUGAAUGUUAUGUAACUUCGGGCUGGAUGUUUAUAGUUGUGUAACUGUAUUCUGGAAGUAUGUAUCAGUGGAGGAAUGUGCACAUUGAAACCCUUUAACCUGUUGCCUGGGCUUCUCUCACUGUUGCUCUUCUCUCCUAUCUGGGUAACGCAGACAUGACCCAGUAAGGAGAUGCUUUUUGAUGUGACAUUUUAAAGCUCAGUGUUUCAGAACAAACCCAACUCAACCUUGGCUUUAAGAGGCUGAGAAGCCAAUACUCGCUUCUUGCUGCUUCCUGCACCCCUUUUAUACACUUCCGUACAAUUCCUUAACCAAAUAAUAAUAAUAAUAAUAAAAACCCUAGCAAUAAAAUGUAUACCCAUUCUGGUAUUUUAUUUGUACAUACUGUAUCAUAGCCAUAUUGCCAGAGUUUGCAAAAUAUUUUUGGAAGUAUAAUUUGUACGAGAUUUACCUUAAAAUUUAAGGGAAUUAUUGUAUUGCCACGUGUGAACCUACUGCUGGUUUUUGUUACCGUAUGCUGCACUUUCUCGGAGGCUUUUCAGCAGCAGUUGUGAAGUUGUAGAGCUUGUUGAGAUGGCAGUGUGCUCUGUGUGCAGCCAAGGAGCUCUGUUUGGUGCUGCUUAACACGCAUGUCCAGAGUACGGCUGAUUGCUGUUAUUGCUGCUGUGUAGGAUGGACUUGUGCAUUGAGUUUAACCAGAUAUGACCAUGUCAGAGUGCAGUGGUAGCUUCUAUUCAGCCUAGACUUGCUGUUUGCAGCCUUAUAACACUGCUGUGAUCUGUUGUGUGCUCAAGGCAGAGGACUUAAGUGCGGGAUGGUGAAGCAAGGUGACCCUAUGUUUAUAUGGAGGCUCACAUUGGGGUGCACCGUGCUGGUAAUGGGGUACAGCUGUGCCCAGGCUGCAAUGGGAGCACGGUGCCACUGCUACAAUCUGAUGCUGGGCGUCAUUUCCACCUCGUGUUGUUGCUAUAUUAUUUUAUGGUGACACCUUCAUAGGGACCGCUUUGUAUUUUCAGUUUACCGAAGGCUCACUGCUGCGCUGCACUUUGUGUUUCAAUAACAUAUGAAGGCUUCCCAUGUCCGUGCGAAGCUGGCUUUGUACCACCAAAACACCACACGGCUUUUCUCAUGUAACUUUAUCUCAAUAAAAGCUCAUUCGUA